CAUUGAGUAGGUGCCGGUCAGUCCUGAAGGCUGAGGGGCGGCGGUUGUGUCGAGCGGCGUCUGAAGGGGUCGCCAAGCGGACUUGUAGCGAGGCGGGGCGGGGCGGCCGGCACCAUGUCCAGGCAAGCGAAUCGUGGCACCGAGAGCAAGAAAAUGAGCUCUGAGCUCUUCACCCUGACUUAUGGGGCUCUGGUCACCCAGCUAUGCAAGGACUAUGAAAAUGAUGAAGAUGUGAACAAACAGCUGGACAAAAUGGGCUAUAACAUUGGAGUUCGACUGAUUGAAGAUUUCUUGGCACGGUCAAAUGUUGGGAGGUGCCACGACUUUCGGGAAACUGCGGAUGUCAUCGCCAAGGUGGCAUUCAAGAUGUACUUGGGCAUCACUCCAAGUAUUACUAAUUGGAGCCCAGCUGGUGAUGAAUUCUCCCUCAUUUUAGAAAAUAACCCCUUGGUGGACUUUGUGGAACUGCCUGAUAACCACUCAUCCCUUAUUUAUUCCAAUCUCUUGUGUGGGGUGUUGCGAGGAGCUUUGGAGAUGGUCCAGAUGGCUGUGGAGGCCAAGUUUGUCCAGGACACCUUGAAAGGAGACGGUGUGACAGAAAUCCGGAUGAGGUUCAUCAGGCGGAUUGAGGACAAUCUCCCAGCUGGAGAGGAAUGAUCAUGCCCAGGACUUGAGGGCAGCCAGCAGGAGCACUUGUUGGAAUCAGAAAGCCUCAGUGCUCUCUGCUCUCUAAAACUCAGUGACUCUUUAACACAGAUAUUAUAUAUUCUUCUAACCUUGUUUCCAUUCUCCUUGCUAAUAAAGAGCAGACUGUGAUAUAGUCCAUUUACCCCACAAGUGUGCACAUUCAGGAGGCAAAUUCUUUGCUCUCUUUCCCUUAAAAGGGGGCUGGAUACAAUUGUCCUUGGUUGGACUAGAAGGAGCUCAGACCAUUUUACAUUCCUGUGUGAUUUUUCCAAAGCAAAACCCACUUUGACCCCAUUAAGAGGCAGUCCUGGCACACCUAUCUCUGGGCCUUUAGAAAGCCAUUGGUAAAUGCCUAUAGGGAAUUUGGGGUUGUGGGGUAGAGGGAAG